AUGGCGGCGCCCAAGCAGCGAGCGGCGGGUUGGGGUCGGUGGUUUUGUACCGCUGCCGUGCCUCGCCCGUGGCGGCUCUUCGGGGCAAUGUGCCUUCUGCGGCUGCCCCGCAUCACGCAGCCCCUCGAGAAGGAGGAGGAAGAGAUGGCGGCCCUCAUGGGGCAGAUAGAGCUGGAGAAAAGCCAGUAUUCAGACCAUGAAAUACGCAAGCUGGAGGAGGAGGAGCAGGUCAGGAGGAGGAAGGAAAGCAUGUAUGAUGAUGAUGAAGCACCUGGCAAAACAGUUAUCAUGGCUCAAGACCUGGAGGACAAGUGGGAACAGAAGUUACUGCGAUUUGAAGCUGCUCCACGGAUAACAGAUGCUGAUAGAAACAACAAUCGAACGUCGUUGAACAGGAAGCUGGAUAGUAACCUGAUGCUUCUGGUGAAACAGAAAAUUGGUGACCAGGAGCUGUGGCUCCUGCCGCAAGUGGAAUGGCAGCCUGGAGAGACACUGCGAAGCACAGCUGAGCGAGCCAUGGCUACGUUUUUGGGAGAUCACAUUCAAGCCAAAACCCUGGGGAAUGCACCAUAUGGGAUUUACAAGUAUAAAUUCCCCAGGGCCAUCAGGACUGAGGAUAACGUGGGAGCCAAAGUAUUCUUCUUCAAAGCCUUCCUCCAAAGCAGUGAUUUGUCCCAGACAGAGCUGAAGAAAGACUACCUGUGGGUCACAAAGGAUGAGCUGGGAGAUUACUUGAAGUCGGAAUACUUGAAAAAAGUCAAUCAAUUCCUUCUGGACUUAUAAAUGAUAGGCUGUGCUCCAGCAGAUGGGGAAAAUGUGGGGCGUGGCUCCAGGGAGGAGCACAGCUGCUGCUUGGCAUGGUCUGUGUGUAUGGGAUGUUAACUUGGGCCCUGGAGGAUAAUUUGCCUUUGCCUGGUUUCCCAGUUCUCUUCGCUGGGCCUGUACUAAAUAAAUAUUAAAAAUUGUACUCGGAAGUGAA